UGUUGUGUUAAGCAGAGCUUGUCGGGGUUUUGAUGCAAACCAGCUCACAGACAUCGCCGGAGUGUCGGAGUUUACACAGCAGUCUGGCCUGUUUUACCUAGAAGCGUUUGUGUCGGACUGCGCUUCCGCCAUGUUGAGCUGAUUCAAGUUGUGAGUGACUGCUGGGACCGAGGUGACAAGCCCCAGAAACCGGACUAGAUAUAGUUAGGGGGCUGUUACCGCGCCGGUGACGCAGGAAAAACACCCAGAAGCGGAGGAAAAAACGUAGGAAUUAGAUUUUUCUAGUAACAGGCUUAGUGCCCUGCGAAACUGCCACUGAUAUAGGCCGCGUUUAUGUAAUAUACGACGACACAAUCGCUGGAGACUGGACGUAUCCCGUGAAUAGAAGGGAAGUCAUAUCAAAUUCCUGGUUAUGCAAUGGUCUCAGCGGGACAACCAGAUCUCCAGGUGCUUGCGACCCUCUCUCGUGUGUUCGGGCUCUCUUCCCUCUGCUAUACAGCUGAGGUGGCUGUAAUUUCCCUCCUGGCCAGCGCUCCCUAAGAGGCCAAGAUUGCCAAGAUCUGCCCUGUGGCGAGCAUGACGGCCACCACGCGUGGCUCUCCGGUGGGGGGCAAUGACAGUCAGGGCCAGGCACCUGAUGCUCAGAGCCAACCCCCACUGCCACAGAACCAGACUUCCUCUCCUAAUUCAUCUAAUGAGAACUCCCCCGUUAGCCCACCAGAUGAGCAGGGCCAGGGUGAAGGUCCCCCUCAGCUGGAAGAAGAGGAGCCCGCUUUUCCUCACACUGACUUGGCAAAACUUGAUGACAUGAUUAACAGGCCUCGAUGGGUGGUUCCAGUUUUGCCAAAAGGAGAGCUAGAAGUCCUCCUGGAAGCUGCUAUAGACCUGAGUAAAAAAGGACUGGAUGUGAAAUGUGAGGCAUGCCAGAGGUUUUUCCGGGACGGUCUAACCAUCUCCUUCACCAAGAUCCUGACCGACGAGGCCGUCAGCGGCUGGAAGUUUGAGAUACAUAGGUGUAUCAUUAAUAACACACACCGUUUGGUGGAGCUGUGUGUGGCCAAGCUCUCUCAGGACUGGUUCCCACUACUGGAGUUGCUGGCCAUGGCCCUUAACCCCCACUGCAAGUUCCACAUUUACAACGGCACACGGCCCUCUGAAACCGUCCCUGCUGGAGCACAGCUGGCUGACGACGAGCUCUACGCUCGUCCACCCGACCCGAGAUCUCCCAAGGGCUGGCUGGUUGACUUAAUAAACAAAUUUGGCACGUUAAACGGGUUUCAAAUUUUGCACGAUCGAUUCAUGAGCGGCCAAGCACUGAACGUCCAGAUCAUUGCUGCACUUAUCAAGCCUUUUGGCCAGUGUUAUGAGUUCCUCACAUUGCACACAGUAAAGAAGUACUUCCUUCCAGUCAUCGAGAUGGUUCCCCAGUUUCUAGAGAAUCUCACUGAUGAGGAGCUCAAGAAAGAGGCUAAGAAUGAAGCCAAAAAUGACGCACUGUCAAUGAUAAUCAAGUCUCUGAAGAAUCUGGCUUCUCGUGUACCGGGGCAGGAGGAGACUGUGAAGAAUUUAGAGAUUUUUAGGUUAAAAAUGAUUCUUAGGUUAUUACAAAUUUCUUCUUUUAACGGCAAAAUGAAUGCACUAAAUGAAGUCAACAAGGUGAUCUCCAGUGUCUCCUACUACACUCAUCGGCAUAAUCCAGAGGAGGAGGAGUGGCUGACGGCUGAGCGCAUGGCGGAAUGGAUCCAGCAGAACCACAUCCUUUCUAUUGUGCUGAGGGACAGUUUGCAUCAGCCACAGUAUGUGGAGAAGCUGGAGAAGAUCCUUCGCUUCGUUAUCAAAGAGAAAGCUCUCACCAUGCAGGAUUUGGACAACAUCUGGGCUGCACAGGCUGGUAAGCACGAGGCUAUUGUGAAGAAUGUCCACGAUCUCUUGGCCAAGCUGGCGUGGGACUUCUCACCUGAGCAGCUGGAUCAUCUUUUCGACUGCUUCAAGGCAAGCUGGACCAAUGCUAGUAAGAAGCAGCGUGAAAAACUGCUCGAACUAAUCCGGCGCUUGGCCGAAGACGAUAAGGAUGGCGUGAUGGCCCACAAGGUGCUCAACCUGCUCUGGAACCUGGCACACAGCGAUGAUGUGCCUGUAGACAUCAUGGAUCAGGCUCUUAGCGCUCACAUCAAGAUAUUGGACUAUAGUUGCUCACAGGACAGAGACACGCAAAAGAUUCAGUGGAUUGAUCGCUUCAUAGAAGAGCUUCGUACCAAUGACAAGUGGGUAAUCCCUGCCUUGAAGCAAAUCAGGGAAAUCUGUAGCCUCUUUGGGGAAGCUCCUCAAAACCUCAGUCAAACGCAGAGAAGUCCUCAUGUGUUUUAUCGCCAUGACCUGAUCAACCAGCUGCAGCACAACCAUGCUCUGGUCACCCUGGUGGCCGAGAAUCUCUCGGCCUACAUGGAAACCAUGAGGCAGCUGUCCAAAGAAGAGCAAGCAGAGUUUGACCCUCAAACGGUCAGACCAGGAAGUCGCUACAGUCAUGUCCAAGAAGUACAGGAGCGUCUUAACUUCCUGAGGUUCCUAUUAAAAGAUGGCCAGCUAUGGCUGUGUGCUCCUCAGGCGAAGCAGAUCUGGAAGUGUCUGGCUGAGAAUGCCGUGUUUCUGUGUGACCGCGAGGCCUGCUUCAAAUGGUACUCAAAGCUGAUGGGGGACGAACCAGACCUAGACCCAGACAUCAACAAGGACUUUUUUGAGAACAAUGUUUUACAGUUGGAUCCAUCCCUUCUGACAGAGAAUGGCAUGAAGUGCUUUGAGAGGUUCUUCAAGGCCGUCAACUGCAGGGAGGGCAAGCUGGUAGCAAAACGCAGGGCCUACAUGAUGGAUGACCUGGAACUAAUCGGCUUGGACUAUCUGUGGAGGGUGGUAAUUCAAGGAAGUGAUGAUAUUGCAAACCGAGCCAUAGACCUGCUGAAAGAAAUCUACACCAAUCUCGGACCAAAACUGCAAGUCAACCAGGUUGAGAUUCAUGAAGAUUUCAUCCAGUCCUGUUUCGAUCGUCUGAAGGCAUCCUAUGACACCCUCUGUGUGUUAGAUGGAGACAAAGACAGCAUUAACUGUGCUCGGCAGGAGGCCAUCCGCAUGGUGCGAGUUCUCACUGUGCUUAAGGAAUACAUUAAUGAGUGCGACAGUGACUACCAUGAGGAGAGGACUAUACUGCCUAUGUCAAGAGCUUUCCGGGGCAAGCAUAUCACACUGAUCGUCCGUUUUCCAAACCAAGGGCGGCAGGUGGAUGAUUUAGACAUCUGGUCACACACCAAUGACACUAUUGGUUCGGUCCGGCGGGGAAUCCUAAACAGGAUAAAGGCUAACGCUGCGCACACAAAGAUUGAGCUGUUUAUUGGUGGGGAGGUGGUCGAUCCAGCUGACGACAGGAAGCUGAUUGGACAGCUCAAUUUGAAGGACAAAACGCUGAUCACAGCCAAGCUGACCCAGGUGAGUGCCAACAUGCCCUCAAGCCCAGACAGCUCAUCUGACUCAUCCACUGGCUCCCCUGGUAACCACGGAAACCACUACAGUGAAGGGCCCAACCCGGAAGUAGAGAGCUGUCUUCCUGGUGUGAUUAUGUCGUUACAUCCACGCUACAUCUCCUUCCUGUGGCAAGUAGCUGACCUGGGCUGCAACCUCAACAUGUCUCAGCUCAGAGAUGGAGCUCGAGUUCUCAUGAAGCUCAUGCCUCCGGAUAACACCACAGUGGAGAAUCUUAGAGCUGUGUGUCUGGACCACGCCAAGCUUGGAGAGAACAGUCUGAGCCCUUCGCUGGACUCCCGUUUCUUCGGCCCCUCACCUUCACAAGUGCUCUACCUCAUUGAGGUUGUGUAUGCUUUGCUGAUGCCAGCUAGUGCCACCCUGGGAGAGGACGCCAGCGACUUCCAGUACAACUUCCUGAAGAGCGGCGGCCUGCCGCUGGUGCUGAGCAUGCUCACCAGGAACAACUUCCUGCCGUCAGCUGACAUGGAGACCCGCAGAGGAGCCUACCUCAACGCUCUGAAGAUCGCCAAGCUGCUCCUGACUGCAGUCGGCUUCGGACACGUGAAGGCUGUAGCCGAGGCUUGCCAACCCAACGCUGAUGGAAAUAUUCCUGUCUCUCCGAUAAAUCAGGCUACUCAUGACCAGGCGCUGGUUCUGCAGAGUGCCCUGCAAAACAUUCCCAACCCUGCCUCUGAAUGUAUGUUGCGCAAUGUAGCUAUCCGCCUGGCCCAGCAGAUCUCUGAUGAGGCAUCGAAGUACAUCCCAGACAUUUGUGUGAUCCGAGCAGUCCAGAAAAUUGUGUGGGCAUCGGGCUGUGGUACAGUGCAGCUGGUCUUCAGUAACAAUGAUGAAAUCAGCAAAAUAUACGAGAAGACAAAUGCAGCCAAGGAGCCGGAUGGAGAAGAUGAGCAGGUGUGCUGCGAGGCUUUGGAAGUGAUGACUCUGUGCUUUGCUCUGAUGCCCACGGCUCUUGACACGCUCAGUAAGGAGAAGGCUUGGCAGACCUUCAUCAUAGACUUGUUGCUACACUGCCACAGCAAGUCUGUGCGACAGAUGGCUCAGGAGCAGUUUUUCCUAAUGGCAACUAGGUGCUGCAUGGGGCAUCGGCCUCUUCUUUUCUUCAUUACCCUCCUCUUCACAGUGCUUGGGAGCACAGCCAAAGAGCGAGCCAAACAUGCAGGGGACUAUUUCACUUUGCUGCGACACCUGCUGAACUACGCCUACAACAGUAACAUCAACCUGCCAAACGCUGAGGUGCUGCUCAACAAUGAGAUCGACUGGCUGAAACGGAUUCGGGAUGAGGUUAAGAGGACAGGAGAGACUGGUGUGGAAGAAACCAUCUUGGAGGGCCACCUUGGUGUCACCAAAGAGCUUCUAGCCUUCCAGACGCCUGAAAAGAAAUACUACAUUGGCUGUGAGAAGGGAGGAGCCAAUCUUAUUAAGGAGCUGAUUGAUGACUUCAUCUUCCCAGCCUCUAAUGUUUACCUGCAGUACAUGAAGAGUGGGGAGUUCCCCACAGAGCAGGCCAUCCCUGUAUGUAGCACACCCGCAUCCAUCAAUGCCGGCUUUGAGCUCCUGGUGGCGCUGGCUGUUGGCUGUGUCCGCAACCUCAAACAAAUAGCUGACACUCUGACUGACAUGUACUAUUUGGGUUGUGAGACGCUGACGGAGUGGGAGUACCUGCCUCCGGUGGGGCCUCGUCCGAACAAGGGCUUCGUGGGUCUGAAGAACGCCGGUGCCACCUGCUACAUGAACUCAGUCAUCCAGCAGCUGUACAUGAUCCCUCCCAUCCGCAACGGCAUCCUGGCCAUUGAAGGCACGGGGACUGAUGUGGACGAUGACAUGUCUGGAGAUGAGAAGCAGGAGAAUGAGAGCAAUGUAGAUCCUCGUGAUGAAGUUUUCAGCUACCCCCACCAGUUUGAUGACAAACCCUCCAGUAAGUCGGAGGACAGGAAGGAGUACAACAUCGGGGUGCUGCGCCACCUGCAGGUCAUCUUUGGCCACCUGGCAGCAUCCAGACUGCAGUACUACGUCCCAAGAGGCUUCUGGAAACAGUUUAGAUUAUGGGGGGAGCCCGUUAAUUUGAGGGAACAGCAUGAUGCUCUGGAGUUCUUCAACUCUCUGGUGGACAGUUUGGAUGAAGCUUUAAAAGCUUUGGGUCACCCUCCCAUGCUCAGCAAGGUACUGGGUGGUUCGUUUGCUGACCAAAAGAUUUGUCAAGGGUGUCCCCAUAGAUACGAGUGUGAGGAGUCAUUUACAACAUUAAAUGUAGACAUCAGAAACCACCAGAACUUGUUGGACUCAAUGGAGCAAUAUGUUAAAGGAGAUCUGCUUGAAGGAGCCAAUGCCUACCACUGUGAGAAAUGUAAUAAGAAGGUGGACACAGUGAAGCGUCUACUGAUCAAGAAGCUGCCACCUGUCCUGGCCAUCCAGCUGAAGCGCUUCGACUACGACUGGGAGAGGGAAUGUGCUAUCAAGUUUAAUGACUACUUUGAGUUCCCCCGGGAGCUGGACAUGGAGCCGUACACAGUAGCAGGUGUGGCCAAGUUAGAAGGCGACGACGUGAACCCGGAGAACCAGGUGAUCCAGCAGAACGAGCCGUCGGAACCCACGCCGCCGGGCAGCUGCAAGUACCGUCUGGUGGGGGUGCUGGUCCACUCGGGCCAGGCCAGCGGCGGACAUUACUACUCCUACAUCAUUCAGAGGAACGGGGGGGACGGCGAAAAGAACCGCUGGUAUAAGUUCGAUGACGGCGACGUGACGGAAUGCAAGAUGGACGACGAGGAGGAGAUGAAGAACCAGUGCUUUGGGGGAGAAUACAUGGGGGAGGUAUUCGAUCAUAUGAUGAAAAGGAUGUCUUAUCGGAGGCAGAAGCGAUGGUGGAAUGCAUACAUCCUGUUCUAUGAGCGUAUGGACUCACUAGACAAGGACAGCGAACUUGUCAAAUAUAUCUCAGAGCUGAACCUCUCCUCCACCAAGCCACAUCAGGUCAAGAUGCCGAGCGCCAUCGAGUGCAGCGUCCGCAAGCAGAACGUCCAAUUCAUGCACAACCGAAUGCAAUACAGCCUGGAAUAUUUCCAGUUCAUUAAGAAACUUCUGACCUGUAACAGUGUCUAUUUAAACCCUCCUCCAGGACAAGACCACCUUCUGCCAGAGGCAGAGGAGAUUGCUAUGAUAAGUGCUCAGCUGGCUGCUAGGUUCCUGUUCAGCACAGGGUUUCACACCAAGAAAGUAGUACGGGGUCCUGCCAGUGACUGGUAUGACGCCCUCUGUAUCCUCCUGAGACACAGUAAGAAUGUACGCUAUUGGUUUGCACACAAUGUUCUCUUUGCUUACCCCAAUCGCUUCUCCGAGUACUUGCUCGAGUGCCCAAGCGCCGAGGUCCGUGGGGCGUUUGCCAAGCUCAUAGUCUUCAUCGCUCACUUCUCCCUUCAAGACGGACCAUGCCCCUCCCCCACAGCCUCGCCAGGACCCUCAGCUCAGGGCUGUGAUAAUCUCAGCCUUAGUGACCACCUGUUGAGAGCUGUACUCAACCUACUCAGAAGAGAGGUUUCUGAACACGGCCGCCACCUGCAGCAGUACUUCAACCUCUUUGUCAUGUAUGCCAAUCUGGGCCUGGCAGAGAAGACUCAGCUGCUGAAACUAAACGUUCCUGCCACUUUCAUGUUGGUUGCCCUGGACGAGGGUCCCGGCCCUCCCAUUAAGUACCAGUACGCUGAGCUGGGCAAACUGUACACUGUGGUCUCCCAGCUUGUCCGCUGCUGUGACGUUUCUUCCCGCAUGCAGUCCUCAAUCAAUGGUAAUCCUCCCCUUCCUAACCCAUACGGGGACACCAACCUGACAGCUCCUGUCAUGCCUGUGCAGCAGCUCGUGGCAGAGAUUCUGUUCGUGAGGACUAGCUAUGUAAAGAAGAUCAUCGAGGACUGCAGCAACUCCGAGGAGACUGUGAAGCUGCUUCGCUUCUGCUGCUGGGAGAACCCUCAGUUUUCCUCCACUGUGCUCAGUGAGCUGCUCUGGCAGGUGGCAUAUUCCUACACCUAUGAGCUGAGGCCUUACCUUGACUUGUUGCUACAAAUCCUGCUCAUCGAGGACUCCUGGCAAACACACAGGAUCCACAAUGUGCUGAAAGGCAUCCCUGAUGACAGAGAUGGGCUCUUUGACACCAUCCAGCGCUCCAAGAACCACUACCAGAAACGGGCCUACCAGUGCAUCAAGUGCAUGGUGGCGCUGUUCAGCAACUGCUCCGUGGCCUACCAGAUCCUGCAGAGCAAUGGCGACUUGAAGCGAAAGUGGACAUGGGCAGUGGAGUGGUUAGGGGAUGAGCUGGAAAGGAGGCCAUACACAGGAAAUCCCCAGUACACCUACAACAACUGGUCACCUCCAGUUCAGAGCAACGAGACCUCCAACGGAUAUUUUCUGGAGCGAUCCCACAGUGCACGCAUGACACUGGCCAAGGCUUGUGAACUCUGCCCUGAAGAGGAGCCAGAUGAACAGGAAGCACCUGAUGAUCAAGACUCCUCUCCACCUGAGGACACCUCCCUGUACCCUCAUUCUCCUGGAACCACCCAGUUCCAGCAGAACAACCACCCCCAUGGGCAGCCGUACACCGGGCCUGCUGCUCAGCACAUGAACAACCCCCAGCGUCCAGGUCCUGCCUCCGCCCCAACUCCAGGCCCGACCCAGACUCCGACACCUGCCCCCAGUACCACUCCCAGCUCGGGCCCGCGAGCACAAGAGAACUGGGACGGCACCGAGGAGGUUACCCCCGCACCAACCUCUACCCCAGCACCCGCCCCGCCUAAGGAGUAACCUCCCCCCUCCUUCUGCUGUGCCUCGAGCCUCCAUCGUCCUGCUCACCUUCCUCUCAUCCUUCGGUCAACAGGCUCCUCGUCAGGCCUCUCUGUCUCUCUCUCGCUGGCCCCAAGGCAGGGCAGAGCCAGGCCUCGCAUCGUCCCCUCUCCAGGCCCCCAGUCAGCCUGUCGGAGGCGCUCUUCCCUGACCUGGAGCUGCGUGACAGGGGGGCUGCUGGCGACUACAGAGGCGAAGGAGUGGACAAGAGUUCUGAAAAGAGAAACAACAAUUAGCCAGAGCUGACGAUGUUGAAGCGCUUAUCUACACAACGAAAAGGUGUAAAUAGUAUGUUGAUGUUUCUGACUGUUCAGAUUCCCCCAGUAGCAUAACUCGGUGUGGGUUGCUGUUGGGAGAUAUUGCAGAAAUAAAAAACAAAAUGGAUACUAUAAAUAAGAAAAUGUCCCAAAAAAGAAACCUCUGAGAAGACAUCAACUCUUCUUUGUUUUAUCACCCAUGCUCAGCAGUAAAGUUUGUUCUACCAUUGGACGUUGUCUGGUCAUUCAACUGUCGAAGGACUCAUUGUUAUCAUAGUUCUAAUAAUUAUACUUAAGCUCCUUGGCAACCUUAUGACCCAUGCCAAAUCGACUCACGAGCUGUGGUUGGUUUUAGUGUGCGAUGUGGAAUGGUUGGGUGGACUUUAACGGCGUUCGGUUGAUGUGAAAAAGCAGUGAUGCAACAUUGUUCUAAAACUCAAUGCCUUUCUUUUUUUUGUUCUGGUUCUUACUUCAGACCUUUUUGAAGCUGUAGUUAAUAUGCUGUAACAUUUAGCAUGGCUUCUCACCAGAAUAGUGUAGCCCAAGGGAAGACUUGUGAUCAUAACAACCUAAAGCUGUUCUUAAUCCAAACCUCCAGAGGGGUGCUGUUUACCCUUAGGUUUAUUUUUGGUUUGUUUUUUUCUGUUUAUUUUUUUUUUGGUUUCGGUUCUUUUUUCUACUCAUCUUCCCCUAUCUACGAGGGCAACCUUUUUGAACCAAUGUAUAAGUGGCUUUUCAAUUGCACAUUGUAAUCCUCCAACUUCAUAUUAGGCAGUCAGUUUUGGUGGGUUAGAUGGCUUUGCUUUCAUCUAUAGGAAUACAGAAAAACGACCACAUAUGCAACAGGAUUGCGACACUGGGCUCUCUGGUGUAUUAUAGACUGUUUGGUUUGCUUCUGUCUCUUCAAUAGAGCGUAGUUGUAGACAGACUCGUUGCCCAUCAGCUUCCUCUCUUCCGUGGAGCUGGGUCAGGCCGGCGUCUGGCUGCGGUUGGGGGCGAUCCCAAACAGCCGCGAGACCCUCCACCCUCUCCUCGCUCCACUGCGUAAAGCUCCCACAGCAGGGUUUUUUAGUGGCUGGUUAAUCUCGUCAAAACCUGAGCUAACUUGUAAUUCUGUAGGAGUAAAAGGUAAACAUCAGUAAAUACUGUAUUUAAUUGGUAACUUGAAUACGUGUAUUUUUUUUGAAUUUUCUUUUCUUUCUUUUUUUUGUCUAAAACAUACCAAAUACUCCUGCAAAUGAAAAUAUUCUGCCCACCGUAUUAUAUUUAAAUAUUUUGCUCUUAUUUUAUAGAAUUUAUUUUGUUGUAUUUCACUAAAAAUAGAAUUUGAUUUAAGAGGAACAUUUUUGUCCUUGUGUUAUUUUUAAAGAAGAUAUUGACUGUACAGAGUUCUGCGCCCUGUUUUUUGCCGACUUUUGUUUUGGCCAUGGUGUGACAUUGAAUUCUGGAGCUACAGUCGCGAUGUGGACUUUCACUUUGUGAGGUUUUUUUGUGCACAGAAAUAUAACAAAAAAAAAAAAAGCAUUGCGCCCUUAGCAAAUAAAGAACAUGGAAUCUUG